AUGGCUACCGAACCUAAUGUGGACGACUUCGAAAUGGCAAGUUGCUGGCCCAUGCCUUCAACCGACCUGUCCGACCUGCCAUCCAGCAACCUUACAAACGAUGGGCGCGAUGCCGAGGAAGAUCCAGACGCCAUGUCCUUGGUCGUCAGCAAAGACUGGUUCUGGCCUGUCGGCGCGUGGCUGCAUGUGCGCUUCAUGAACGAGGAGCCCUACCCUCAUCACGAGAAAAUGGUGCAAGACGCGGCGAGGAUCUGGGAAAAGUAUGCAAACAUUCAGUUUGUGUUUGACAAUGCCGACAACGCAGAGAUCAGGAUCCUCUUUGACAGCAAGUUGGAGGGGGGUCGAUCGCUCAUCGGAAGACACAAGCGAAAGGAAACGCCAAAGGAGAAGCCGACAAUGGUGUUGGGCUUGGCCAAGGAUGACGGGCUGUUUCGGAGAACGGCUUUACACGAGCUGGGCCACGCACUGGGCUGCAUCCAUGAGCACUCCAGUCCGGCAGCCGAGAUUAAAUGGAACAGAGAGGAGGUCAUCAAAUGGUUUGCAAAAUCCAAACUGUCAGAGGAAUGGGUCGAAAACAAUGUCUUCAAGCACUACGACAAGAGCCCCUCGUUGCUGACCUCGCACUUUGACCAGCGGUCCAUCAUGGUAUACCGCAUCUGUCCCGGGUGGGCAGAAAACGUCACGUACAUUGACUGGCCCAACGAGCUCUCUGAGACGGACAAGAUGCUCAUCUGGAGGAUCUACCGCCCCAACAUGGCGACGACAGAGUUUGGCAAGUUUGAUACGCAAGAGCAAGGGGGGACGAAGCAGUCUCCGUCGCACUAUGUCAAAAGCAUUCCACUUCAGAACCCACAGGACAAGGCUCUGGACAUUGCUCUUGGGAUUACUGAAUUCGAUCUCGAGUGUAAUGAUGGAGUACGGGAUGUCCAGCUCAGGGCAUACGCGGAUACUGUCGAGACGACGAGCUUCAAUCUCAAUCUCAGUUCCGUGGAAAGCGGUCGUCUGUACGCGGCCGCGGCAAUUUCUCUGGCGACGGAGCAGAACAAUUCCACAAUGCAGACCGGCUCCUACACUACGGCAAAGGAAGACACGCGGGACGGCGUGGAGUACGAGAAGGACGUGAAAUUCAAAGAUCCCUUCAGCAAGAAACCGGAAGUGGUUGUCUGGCUCAAGGGCUUCCACUUCAAACCGGAAGAAUGCUUCAAGAUCCGUGCCACCGCAGACCACGUAACCGAAACCGGAUUCCAGCUGCACGUCGAAACAUGGGACAACGCCGCCCUCCAGAGCGCCGAGGUGUCGUGGAUCGCAUACGAGACGGACCCUCCCGGCAUCCGCUCCGGCAAGGUCGAGCUCCACAACUUUCGGCCGCGGGAGGCGGAUGGCAAGCCGCAUCAUGUCAAAGAGAGGCAUCGAGCCAAAGAGGUGCGUCUGGACCAGUGGCGCCCUCAGGUGGUGUAUGCUGCCGUUUCCAAGUUUGAGUUCGAAAAGGGACAUAACCCGCGGCUAUCCGUCACGACGACGCCGACGAGGCAGUCUUCGUUUGAAGUGGACGCGGUGACGUGGGAGGACAGUGAUUGUCAGGGGGUGGAGGUGUCAUAUCUGGCUGUUUGCAUCUGA